AAAUCAUAGAUUUCGCCCGCGCUGCGCCGCCUGGUUGCUCCUCCCGUGCGACAGAGCCACCAUGGGGACGACAGCCCCAGGGCCCAUUCACCUGCUGGAGCUAUGUGACCAGAAGCUCAUGGAGUUUCUCUGCAACAUGGAUAAUAAGGACUUGGUGUGGCUUGAGGAGAUCCAGGAGGAGGCCAAGCGCAUGUUCACUAGAGAGUUCAGCAAAGAGCCAGAACUGAUGCCCAAAACACCUUCUCAGAAGAACCGACGGAAGAAGAGACGGAUUUCUUAUGUUCAGGAUGAAAACAGAGACCCCAUCAGGAAAAGGUUAUCCCGCAGAAAAUCUCGGAGCAGCCAGCUGAGCUCCCGACGCCUCUGCAGCAAGGACAGUGUAGAGAAGCUGGCCACGAUGGCGGGGGAGAACGGCUUCGUCCUGCGGCGUGUGACCCGUGCUGCGGCUGCGGCUGCUGCGGCCACCAUGGCAUUGGCUGCACCUUCUUCGCCCACCCCUGAGUCUCCCACGAUGUUGACCGAGAAGCCCAAGGAUAACCGCACCCAUUGCCAGCUGGUGCCUGUGGUGGAGAUUGGCAUCAGUGAGCGCCGCAAUGCUGAGCAGCAUGUCACCCGGCUCGUGUCCGUCCAGCCUCUGCCCCGUACUCUGUCCCCGACUCUGGCUUCAGCCACAGCUCCAGCCUCCCAGGGCAUCCUGACAUCGGAUGAGGAAUCAACACCUAAGAAGUCAAAGGCCAGGAUACUGGAGUCCGUCACAGUGAGCUCCCUGAUGGCUACACCCCAGGACCCCAAGGGUCGAGGGGUCGGGACGGGGCGGUCUGUGUCUAAGCUCAGGAUUGCGCGGGUCUCCCCUGGCCCACGGGACUCGCCAGGCUCUCCAGACUCUCCGUGGCGGGAGCGGGUGCUGGCUCCCAUCCUGCCGGAUAACUUCUCUGUGCCCACGGGCUCUCCCGCGGACUCUCAGUCGGUGCAGCACAGCCUGGUCGCCCCGUCCUCCCUGAGUCCCCAAGUCUUAGCCCAGAAGUACUCUCUGGUGGCCAAACAGGAAAGUGUUGUCCGCAGGGCGAGCAGAAGGCUUGCCAAGAAGACUGCCGAAGAGCCCGCUGCCUCUGGCCGCAUCAUCUGUCACAGUUACCUGGAGAGGCUUCUGAAUGUUGAGGUGCCCGAGAAAGUUGGUCCUGAGCAGGAGUCCCCCGAGGAGGCUGAGCCGGUAGCGGCAGCUGAGCCAGAGGUCCCUGAGAACAACGGAAAUAACUCGUGGCCCCGCAAUGACACGGAGAUUGCCAAUAGCACACCCAACCCGAAGCCUGCAGCCAGCAGUCCGGAAACGCCCUCUGCAGGGCGGCAAGAGGCCAAGACGGACCUAGCAGAUGGACCCAGAGAGCCACCGCAGAGUGCCAGGAGGAAGCGCAGCUACAAGCAGGCGGUGAGUGAGCUGGACGAGGAGCAGCACCUGGAGGAUGAGGAGCUGCAGCCCCCCAGGAGCAAGACCCCUUCCUCACCCUGCCCGUCCAGCAAGGUGGUGCGGCCCCUCCGGACCUUUCUGCACACGGUGCAGAGGAACCAGAUGCUCAUGACCCCGACCUCAGCCCCCCGCAGCGUCAUGAAGUCCUUUAUUAAGCGCAACACUCCCCUGCGCGUGGACCCCAAGUGCAGCUUCGUCGAGAAGGAGCGGCAGCGCCUGGAGAACCUGCGGCGGAAGGAGGAGGCCGAGCAGCUGCGCAGGCAGAAGGUGGAGGAGGACAAGCGGCGGCGGCUGGAGGAGGUGAAGCUGAAGCGUGAGGAACGCCUCCGCAAGGUGCUGCAGGCCCGCGAGCGGGUGGAGCAGAUGAAGGAGGAGAAGAAGAAGCAGAUUGAGCAGAAGUUUGCUCAGAUUGAUGAGAAGACUGAGAAGGCCAAGGAGGAGCGGCUGGCGGAGGAGAAGGCCAAGAAAAAAGCGGCAGCCAAGAAGAUGGAGGAGGUGGAGGCGCGCAGGAAGCAGGAGGAGGAGGCGCGUAGGCUCAGGUGGCUGCAGCAGGUGCGAGCGCAGGAGGAGGAAGAGCGGCGGCACCAAGAGCUGCUGCAGAAGAAGAAGGAGGAGGAGCAGGAGCGGCUGCGGAAGGCGGCCGAGGCUAAGCGGCUGGCGGAGCAGCGGGAGCAGGAGCGGCGCGAGCAGGAGCGGCAGCUGGCAGAGCAGGAGCGUCGGCGGGAGCAGGAGCGGCUCCAGGCCGAGAGGGAGCUACAGGAGCGGGAGAAGGCCCUGCGGCUGCAGAAGGAGCGGCUGCAGAGGGAACUGGAGGAGAAGAAGAAGAAGGAAGAGCAGCAGCGUCUGGCUGAGCGGCAGCUGCAGGAGGAGCAAGAGAAGAAAGCCAAGGAGGCAGCAGGGGCCAGCAAAGCCCUGAACGUGACUGUGGACGUGCAGUCUCCAGCUUGUACCUCAUAUCAGAUGACUCCGCAAGGGCGCAGAGCCCCUCCCAAGAUCAACCCAGAUAACUACGGGAUGGAUCUGAAUAGCGACGACUCCACCGAUGAUGAGGCCCAUCCCCGGAAGCCCAUCCCCAACUGGGCCCGAGGCACGCCGCUCAGCCAGGCCAUCAUUCACCAGUACUACCACCCGCCGAACCUUCUGGAGCUCUUUGGAGCCAUUCUCCCGCUGGACUUGGAGGAUAUCUUCAAGAAGAGCAAGCCCCGCUAUCACAAGCGCACCAGCUCUGCUGUCUGGAACUCACCGCCUCUGCAGGGCGCCAGGGUCCCCAGCAGCCUGGCCUACAGCCUGAAGAAGCACUGAGGCUGGCCUGCGUCUUUCUUAGCAGCCUCACCUCCUGUCUAUGUCUAUCUAUCUGUCUGUCGGUCUCUGUCUUGGUCUGUCCACCUCCUUCUUGGCAUGCCAUUGUGGAGGGCUUGGCCAGGUGUAUAUAAACGUCCUCUGUGCUGGGUGUUCCUGCUGCAGGUGGCAGGUGGCCCCAGGCCUGUUUGGAGGAUGGGCUGGGCGGGUGGGUGGGGAAGAACCGGGCCCAGCCCCACAUGACCUGCAGACAGUGCUCUGUAAAUAGUUGUUUUAAUUUAGCUGAAUGUUAGCGUUUUAGUCUUUGGCAUUUUAGUGUUUGGGAGGUAGAUUAAUAAAGUAUAUUCCUUCAA